AGUAGCCAGAUGUAUUUUUUUCCUAAUCGUUUUUUUUAAUACAAAAUUUGUACAUUAUUGUAGGAAACUGAUUGGUUUGAUUCACAUAUGAACAACUUGAUAUACAACGUGACCACGAUGCAAGCCUUACCCUUUCUGAUGGCAUCAUUAGCUCUGGCCUUCGUAGUAACGACAUUGUCCAACACAGCACAUGCGCAGAGGCAUCACAAGAAGAUCAUGAUCGGCAGGAGAGCUGGGCAUGAAGAGCUCCCUCUGUAUUCAGAUGACAGCCAUGCUAACUCUUUCACUCUUUAUGACAUAGACGGUGACGGGUUCUUGUCUCAAAGAGAGUUCUACACACUGCCUCUAUGCAGAGAUCCGCCACCAUGCGAUUUAACGUUGCUAGCUGAGGAAAUCAAAGAUGAAAUCAAGACGAACCAAGAUGCCUGGAGGCGGUAGAGAUGUGCCCCUUUUCUUUUCUUUAUUAAAUUUUGUAAUCACCGGUGUUAAUCGAAAAAGUUUCAUUAGAAAAAGAAAUACUUCACUCUUUGAUUAUUGGUUUGAUGAUGAUUGCUGCUGCUUUUGUGUCGAGAGAUUCAGUGUCAUUGAUUAGGGAAGUUUUGCCAACCGUGUUCGAAUUGAGCAUACUGUGGUGUAUGUAUACUGCUCUCUCAGACAAGCACGAAACAAAAGAAGAUAUGCUAUGGUGUAACCAACUGGAACCAAAUUGGCCAAACUCUGUGUCUAGAUGGCUCUGGGUGGACUGGCAUUUAAUAUGUUUUUAAAACAAACCCCCUCCUCCAUGUAGUGCUUAGGUAUGAAAAAAUUCUUACAUUGGAUGAUAUAUUUUUCUUUCUACAAUGGAUCAUUAGGAGAUAAAAUAAAAUUAUAAAACGAAAUAGAAAUAACAACCUUCAGUUUGCUAGAAAAAAUUGGAAUGUUGUAGAUUUUCGAAUUUAGGUGCUUUGUCACAGCCCCCAAAUAAUAAUCGCUUCACAUUUAAAAGAAAAAGAACAAAACCAAUUUAUUCUUACAGCAAUGAAUUGAAAAAAAUA